GUACACCUGCUCGCCAGAACCGGUUAAACUCCAGUGCGCACAACACCGUCAUGUGGUGACCUCUCACAAAGAGAAUCCUUCAUUUUAGUACCAAAACAAUAUCGACCCACAUUACCAUAAUUAAACAAAUUGCGUCACAGACCCAUGACUACCGUUACAAAGUACCUCGUUUUGUGCAUCUUGAUAACUUUAGUGGAUAUUUAUCAAUGUGGACGUUAUAGUGGCGGCUCUCAAGAUGUUUCCGAAAUUCAAUACACUGUGGGUACCGAGAGACCGGAAGUGGUACCGUUUCCGGCGUUAGCGUAUCGGACUACGGCUAGACAUGCCAGGCCUACGACACGAAGGACAACGCAGAGACCUACCACGCGUAGAAGUACUACUCGUAGGACUACACCUAGACCUAGUACGCAUAGGACUACACCUAGACCUAGUACGCAUAGGACUACACCUAGACCUAGUACUCACGCACCUAUUUCGUACAGGACUACACCUAGACCAACUACGCGUAGAACUACACCUACGCAUAGGACUGUGCAUAGUACUCGCGCACCUGUUACGUACAGGACUACACCUAGACCUACUACACGCAAAGCCACACCUAGACCUACUACACGUAGAACCACAACUAGAACCACUCCUAAACCUAAAUACACCCAACCCCCCAGACUCACCACACGCAGACCCAACACAAUCACAAAGAAAGAGUGGACAGUGGACUCCAUGCCACCCGUACCAGGCUCAGGCAAAUCCACCAAAACUACCUACGUGGUAAAAAAUACAUACAACUACCACUACCCCGGGUUUUACACCAUUCCGGUACAAAAUCACGCACACCCUGGCUACUACCAAACGUACUCGUCGUACCAUUACACCUCUUCGGACACCGGAAGCGGGAUUUUAGGUUUCUACCUAGGCUACAAAUUAGCCAAACUGACGACACCUACGUUCUCGCAUGCUUCGUUCUAUGAUGGGUACCGUCCACGGUACGACCACUACACAGUCCAUCACUAUUACCACAACGCCGAUUCGGUACCAAAGCAGCAAAGGGUCGCUCCUGACGCUAUUAGGGGUUGCGUAGGUGAUAGUACCAGCGUAUGUCCCGCCAGUACCAUGUCGCUUUGCACGACGGAUGGUACUUUGAUGUGUGUGGUCGCCGUCAGUAAGUUAGUGACGUGUGUGGAAAAUGGUAAGACGGUGAAUUGUACUAGGAGUACCAUUUCUUGCGUUAAUAACACGGCACCGGAGUGUGGAGGGAAGAACCAGGGUAACGUCACGGUGAAUAUUCCUUGUGUGUCGACGGCGAACGUGGAGGGGCCGGUUAAGUACGUUAAUAACACAAUAGUGGUGGGUACUCCCGAAAAUAUUGGUAGUACCAACUGCACGAGAUUCAUUCCGUGCACCCAAAUUCCGCUGCCGCAGUGCGUGAAUAAGACACACGUGAUGUUGAAUGUCUCGUGUGACCAACUUGGUACUACUUUCUCGAUUGCUCCUGGUACUAAUCAAACGCUUAAUUGUUCGACUGUCGGGUCGUGUGUUAACAACACAACGUCUGAGUGUGCAACUAAGACCAAUACAACAGUGGGUGUGCCAUGUUCGGUCAUUAGUAUCAACGGUACUCAACUAGCAAAUACAAGUACCAACAACGAAACUUUCGCGUGUCAAAAUAACACGAUUUCGUGUGUGAACAAUUUAAGUCCGGAGUGUCUAAAUAAGACUUUUAUUGUAUCGAAUGUCACUUGUACUUCAAAUAGUAGCCAGGGUGGAAUGAAGUACGUUGAUAAUCCUGAAAGUGGCAACACCACCAACACCACCUCGGUGUAUUGGAAAUGGAAGCGUUCGGUACCACCGGUGCUACAAGACUUUUGCGUCACGGUGGUGGCAAUGCCGUCGCGACGCGUCCCGACUGAAGGUGAAGAGUUCCUACAGGACGCGUCCAGCCUACUAGAAAAGUUCUUCGAAGCGGUUUGGAAUCUCUAGAUAAUUUGUAUUGUUGUAACUUCUACCUCAAGUGUUCGACAUAAUUUGUAUCGUUCUAGAAAAUAAAGCGUGAACCAGA